AUGGCAACAAGAUUUGUGGCCUACUAUGUCCUCUGGUCGAAUUUAGACGCUGGACGUUUGGAACGCGAAGACUCAAGACUAACAGAAUCAGAUAAACUUUCCGCUAAAGUCGACCCUGAUUGGCCGAUUUUCGGGGUGCAAAAUGCUCUAGAGAACGUGAUUUAUGAUGAAAUUCGCCAUGAUAGCCUGCUUCCUCUGCCUUCUGGAGAUUAUUCCCUACCAUGGUUGCUCAAGCAGUCUGAGUCUGAAGAAUCAUGUUCAACUUCAAAUUUUUCCGGCGCUGGUUCUGGUCUAAAGUAUAUUGAAAAUAAGUUGGCAAUCACUUACUUGAAUAACACUGAUGGUGGCCAUUUCAACGCUAAUUUAAUGGUUGCCUCACUUAAUCAACCUGUUCCGGAGUUCGAUAAUCGUUGGAUCUCAAUGAGGCAAAGCUUCACUCAAACACACUUACCAUAUGACCUCACGCGUCACGAACAGGUAGAGGGGACUGUCUUAGCAACCGGAAUUAUUGCUCCAGUUUCAUCGGCUUUAGAAAACCAAGAUGCUGUUUUUGCAAGAGAAUCCGGGAGGAUGGGCUUUCGCGGUUCAGGUGCUUCAGAUACUCUUGAGGCUGAUGGCGGCUCUCUCCCACCUGUUCCUGCCCCAGCCCCAGCGCAGCUAAUGCGCCAGUGGAUGAAGGAGCUGCGAGCGCGCAAUCCGGUUUUGGACAAGACUAAUGUAAUUAUCCGAAUCGCGAAGGACAGAUCUACUUUCGUGAGUCAAUUUGAGUCGUCAAGCGAAGACUUUUCUUCUACAGAUACUCCUUCCCCUGAGUGA